CAGCCCAGUUCCUCGUCUUAUAAAUGCGCUGAUGCCGAAUUUCAGGACCGGAGAAUUAGAAAGUCAUUAUUGGUGUAGAGUUCUGUAGUCCUUUGUAGGUGGCUGCCCUUCGGUUUUUAUUUUCUCGUUUGUCCAGGUGUGUUACAGUAGCAAAAAUGGCCACAUCUGCAAGUGCCAGCUUGAGUAAAGCUGUCAAGAAGCAUUACAUGGAACUCCCUCAGGGGAAUAAAGUCCAAGCUAUGUACAUUUGGGUUGAUGGAACAGGAGAGGGACUCAGAUGUAAAACCAGAACGCUGGAUUAUGAACCCAAAAGUGUUGAAGAUCUUCCGGAAUGGAACUUUGACGGUUCCAGCACGUACCAGGCUGAGGGCUCCAACAGCGACAUGUACUUGGUUCCUGCUGCCAUGUUCCGUGAUCCCUUUCGCGAAGAUCCCAACAAGCUUGUCUUCUGUGAAGUGCUGAAGUACAACCGCAAACCAUCAGAAACAAAUCUUCGAAUGAGGUGUAACAAGGUGAUGAACAUGGUCAAGGACCAGCAUCCUUGGUUUGGCAUGGAGCAAGAGUACACAAUUCUUGGCACAGAUGGACACCCUUUCGGCUGGCCAUCGAAUGGAUUUCCUGGACCACAAGGUCCCUAUUACUGUGGUGUGGGAGCAGACAAAGCCUAUGGCAGAGACAUAGUGGAGGCCCAUUACAGAGCCUGUCUCUACGCUGGAGUCCAGAUUUGUGGCACAAAUGCAGAAGUAAUGCCUGCACAGUGGGAGUUUCAGGUUGGACCUUGUGAGGGUAUCAACAUGGGCGAUCAUCUCUGGGCGGCACGUUUUAUCCUGCACCGUGUGUGUGAAGAUUUUGGCGUGGUCGCCACAUUUGACCCUAAGCCCAUCCCCGGAAACUGGAAUGGUGCUGGCUGCCAUACAAACUUCAGCACGAAAGAGAUGAGGGAAGAUGGUGGAUUAAAAGCCAUUGAAGACGCGAUUGAGAAGCUCGGGAAGAGGCACGAAUACCAUAUUCGUGCUUAUGACCCCAAAGGGGGGCUGGACAACGCCCGCCGUCUCACCGGUCAUCACGAAACCUCAAACAUCCACGAGUUCUCUGCAGGUGUGGCCAACCGUGGCGCCAGCAUUCGCAUUCCCCGUAAUGUCGGGCAGGAGAAGAAGGGCUACUUUGAGGACCGCAGACCAUCUGCCAACUGCGACCCGUAUGGUGUAACGGAGGCCCUGAUCCGCACGUGUUUGCUGAGCGAGGAAGGAGAUAAACCUUUAGAUUACUGAAUGCCACUCCCCUCCUGACAUUCUUUUCUUUAAACUAGUACAGUGUUUCCUCUUCUCCUACUGAGAUGAUUUAACCUGCAUUCUAAUGGCUUCAAGUUGGCUGGUCAACUUAAAACAAGGCAGUCUUGUCCUUGGUAGCGGUGAGCUGGUAAUAGCAGGGUAUCGUUACUCUUGCCUUCUGAUGGGACUGGCCUUUUGUAACACUGUACAUAUUCUGUGCUGGAUUUUCCUUUUUUGUCUCAGUGACUAAAAUGAACUGAAGCGUAGUGCUGCUAAGGCUGGAAAGUAACUUUAAAAACAAAAAAUUGUGGUGUACGGUUUAAUUUCUUAACUUGCCUUUUCCAGUCUUCAGUGUUACUAAUUUGAUGAUCUUAUGACGUUUUGUUUUUAAAUGGCAAUGUUUGUAUUCAGAUUUUAACACAUUGAAUCAUCUUGUUUGGUUGACGUUUGUACCCAGAUGUUCAUUGUGGUGGAGCUGUCCAUGUGCCAUUUGUAGAGUUCCUCAAGGAGUUUUAUCCUUUUUGUUAGCUAUGCUCUUGUAAUGCACCUGACUUGUUCAAACAUCAGCUUAGAGGAUCUGAUGUUUGUUUUUUUUUGAUACAUUUAAAACUUAUUUUAUCACAACA